AUGGCCGUCGAGCAGAUCGUCACCGACCCUGCCCUUAUCCCCGCCCUGAAAACUUGUUCGGACACCUUGAGCGAGGCGCAUAAGCUCAUCGACCUGCUGGAAAAAGGGAUCCAAACCCCCUCGUCGAACCCCAACGAGACACUGCAGGAAGCGUACAAACAGCAGAGACACAUUUAUUCGCUGCUGGCUCAGCUACGUGGACUCAACCGUGAGGCCAUUCUCAAUGUCAGGUCAACCAAGCAGGCCACGGCGGAGGCACGCCAGGAGAUAGACAGACUGCACCUGCAGCUUCAGAAUCUGUACUACGAGCAGAGACACCUGAGCGGCGAGAUAGCCGCAUGCGAGUCAUACGAGUACGUGAAUUUAGGCAGGAACUGUCUUCGGUCCGAUCUGUAUGCUGACAAGUACAAACCCUUCUACAGCCAUAGUUAUCUGUCAUUGCCCUUGAUACCGGUGGAAGAGUUCAUUAGCCUGUAUCCAGAACAUGCAAACUCGGACGAACAUGAACUUACGAUUGCCCGAAUUAACCAUGAGCACGCGGAGAGGGAAAAGCUCGAACAGGCCCGCCAGGAGCUCUUGAAGAAGAAACAGGCUCUCAUUGCAGAAAACAAAAAGAGAAAGGAAGAUCUAGCCAGUCUAGAUCAGGACUUGGAACGGUUCAUUGAUGUCAGCCUCACUUCUAAACUCCAUACAUGUAGCCAUGGACCCCUGCUAACCACAGCAUUCUCAGGCUGCGAAACCUAUCCAGAAGAUAUUCGAAAAGGUCUACGUACCUGUCACCCGGAAGUCAAAUGGAGAAGACAAAUGAGUUCAAAACUAGGAUCCUUGCAUUAUGAUUAUUUGGCUAUGUUUAUAUACCCUGCAUGGAUAAAGGAGUCUUAA